GCGCGUGUGUUGGUGUUGGUAAAGUCGGAGGGAUUUCUCCUCGAAGAUCAGCGAUCGCUGGCGACAGUUUUCGUCGGUGGUUCGAGCUAUGCGCGCAACUUUGUGAUCGCUUACGGAUACUAACAAUCACUUGCUCUUCGCAUGUUGUUCGUGCCGAGUUUUUCCGCGUAUGUGUGUGUGUGUUUAAAGUUUGACCAAUUCAAAGUUUAUAAAAGAAAGCACCAAGAACGACACUUAGAUAGCGUUAAAAAUUAAAGCGGAAGGAAAGGAUGAUAUGAAACCUAUCAAUUGCUUGGUGAAAAAAUAACUUUAGCAAUAGAGAGUUACAAUUUGGUGUUUUGCAAUUUUUGUGCGUGUUUGUCAAAAUGGAUACGGACGAGUCGAAACAGUCACGGUCCAAGCCGGUGGAGACACUUGUUUUGGCGAACUACGCUGCGAAGGCGGAGCAGAAGCGUGGCGGUGUUGGCAAUGGCCGCAAAGAGGAUGAGCGCAUUACGACCGCUGUUAUGAAGGUCUUGGAAGGAUACGAUUGGAAUCUGGUCCAGGCGACCGCUAAAGUCCCUUCAGACCGCAAAAAGGAUCACAUUAAACGACCGAUGAAUGCUUUCAUGGUAUGGGCGCAGGCCGCACGACGCGUAAUGUCCAAGCAGUACCCUCAUUUACAGAACUCGGAGUUGAGUAAAUCGCUCGGUAAAUUGUGGAAAAACCUGAAGGAGUCCGACAAGAAGCCUUUCAUGGAAUUCGCGGAGAAACUGCGACUCACACACAAACAGGAGCAUCCGGACUACAAAUACCAGCCGCGCCGCAAAAAGGCGCGCACCCUCACAGCCAGCGGCGUGCAGUGCGAUGAUGUGCUAUCUGGGAUGACAACCACAAACUCCGCCGCAAAAUUGUCUGGCGAAACGGCAAAUGACUGUGCAUCUGGCAUUUUCCAGUCAAAGAGUUGCAGCGGGACGGCCGGUAUCCGGAAGGCAAUAGUCGGCGGUAAUGCAUCCACCGCAAAUCGAAUUAAUGGGCGCAUCAUUAAGCAAACACCGCAGUCGUGCCACAAUAGCGGAUACAGCGCAAACGGUGCUUUUCGCAAUGCGAAUAGCAGUAGUAAUGGAGCUAUCACAUGCGCCGCGGAUAUGCUGAAUAGCGAGGCGUUCAUCAGCUCACUGAACAGCGCAUGUGCCGCUUCACUGCAGAGCGUUGCCAACGGCGGACUCAUACCCGAAUUGGCGGGACUUGAUUUCGGACAACAGCAGCAGCAUUAUGAUUAUGCGCGCCCAAUGGAUUCACCUUGUUCGACGGCGAGUUCACUGCAAUCGACGGGUGCCAGUACUUCCGCGGAUGGACAGCCGCUCACCCCACCUGCUACACCUUACACAUUGAGUAGUGGCAGCUUGCUAAGUGCCACUUUGAAUGGGAAGCGUACACCCACCCAGGCGCAGUUAACGCAGAAUUCGCAAAACUUAUUGCGACCACUCAGCGAAACUGGUGUGGUGGACGUGGAUGUGGCCGCUGGUUACGGCGUGCUGGGGGAGGGUCCCCGAGAGUACAUUUCUUUAGAUGAGAACCCGUAUAACACCGGGCUGUUAGAUUUUCAGCGCUCCACUCAUGAACUGCUUACGGCUAACGAGUUAGUUUCAUCAAAUUACAAUGCGUCCGGAGCGGGAUUAGGCGGAGGGCGCAUUUUCAACCUCGAUGCAACUGCGAGCGAUAGUUAUAACAGCUACCCCUCAGGACAAUACAUUGCCUACAAUUACGUUUCAAACACAGAUGCCUGCAAUUCGCCACAUUCCAUUGGAGUCUUGAAUUACUUAGAGUCCACAGCAACUGCGACGGGCGCUGUGGGUGCAAGCAAUAACGGCAGUAGUUCUAACAAAUCGCCCUCGGCAUGUUCAAUGGGCAAGUUCGCAGCAGCACAUAGCUAUUUAGCGCCGACUUCGCUGAGCAACAGCGACAUUGAUCCAAAGGAAAUUGACCAAUAUCUCAUGGAUCAAGUGGUGGUGCCUCUGACACAGUCCGCCGCAUUACAAUUGCAGCAACGUGAGGUGUCCGCAGUAGUGACGGCGGCCACAUCGAGCACCGCAGUAACGUCCACGGCUGGCGCAAUUUGUACAACAAUAACCAAAGCGCCGUCGGCGGCAGCAACAAUAGCAAGCGGCAGUUCAUGCAUAAGAUCCAUCGUCGGUACAGCGAAUAGUCCUAUCGGAGAUGGAGCCACAGCCGCUAAUUCUGUGAAAUCCUCCACUUCAUUUCAAUUGCCCCACAAAUCACAUUCGCAGCAGCACCAGAGCGAUGUUUUAGAGUUGCAACCAAUACACCGGACAUCAACUACAACUACAACAACAUCGUCAUCGACAUCACCACUGGCAUCGAAUGGUAUUCCCAGCGAAUAUGGCGGAAACAGCACUGGCACUGGCAGUGAUAGUUGCAACAAUAAUAACGGUAUGGCUGGCAGCAAUGUCGGCAGCUCCGGUAAUUGCUUUUAUCCGAGUGGUAUUGACAUGAACGCGACAGCGUUGUCCAUCUCCCAUGGCUAUCAGCAUCAGCACUAUGGUCCACAACACCUAGCACCACAACAGCAAUCCUCACCGCAUCACCAGGCACAACGCGAGCAACAGCAAUCCCACCAACAACAACAUAUCUGGGGUAGUUAUGUCAGUCCGUAAUCAGAGCCUGUUGAUGAGCCUUCAACAGCUGCUUAUUUACCCUUCCACCCGCUGCAGUACAGAUACAAUGAUUGCUCACAGUCUUCCAGUGUUCGCACGUCCAUUCGCCUUUAUUGCUUGGCAGUUGGGCUCCUAAAUAGUUGCACACACCCACCAAACGUCUACAUUCUAUUCGUAUUCGGAUUUUGGGGGCGUGCAGUUCGACCACCUCCAGUGCUUGCUCAACCGUCCAGUGUCCGGUGCGGCUACUUACUUUGGAUUGCGUGAUAAUUCCGCAUCCGUGUCACUUAAUGACAAAUACGCAUGAAUAACGGAAUCGUAGCCGAAUUUAACUGGUAGGCGGCCUAUCAACAGACAAUAACUGUUUCCCGUGCUAUUAACUUGGUAUAUUGACUCCAUCUUUCUAAGAGACGGCACACCAGAUUUAUUUUAAUUAAAUAUUAAAAUAUUUUAAUUAAAAGAAUUGUAAAAGAAAAGCUUAGGUUAGUAUUCAAAUUGUUUCAAAGGCACACAGUUUUAAGAAAUUAUAUAAUUGUUUAAGAAAAUAUUGUUACUUAUUCUUUGGUUGAAGACGGUCGAACUCCAGCAUACGGGCUUCAGUAAUUGGAAAAAUAUAUCACUGCUGUAUGAUUUCUUUUUUAUUUUUUACUAAGUGAGUUGGUGCUCCGAAUAAUUCCAAAAUAUAUUUUCAUUACAAAAUAUAUACAUGGUUUUUAAAGUAAGAGCUUAGCAUAAGUUUAAUGAAAUUUUCAUUAAAGGUUUUGUACUUUAUCCUAUGAAGGUAUAGUAAGUAAGAAACUUUAGUAAUUUUUAGUCAAGGUAGCAGUUUCUUUAUUGUGUUUUCAAUUUAAUAAAGUAAUGAAUAUAAUUCACAGAAAAGUUGAACAUAAUAAUAACAUGGUUGGACCAGCUAAAUAUAUUUCCAUUGAAAAAUUAGCAAAUCUAGCUUUCUCUAGCGCAGGCUCUAUUAUUUUUCAAAAACGGUAUUUUAUUUUUGCGAAAUUUCGCUAAUUUCUCCACAAAUUACCAAAUAUUGGAUACACAAAUUGUGGAAAUAAAACUGUUUACUCAUUUAUUGCCUUUAAAUUAUGUUUGCCUAAUGAUUUGUUAAAUAAACAAAUUGAGCGAGUUAAAUAUUUGUGGUGAAAUGUGUUAAUUAUUUCGAAACACAAGCCUCAGAGUAGAUUAAGUGCGAUGGGAAAAUUUCACUGAAACCGUUUUGACUUUGUAGUGCACUCUCAUAGAUAUGAAUUUAACACAUUCACCUUAGAAGAAUGGACAACGGAGAAUAUUAGUGGGUGUCAACAUCA